CGAGGGUUGUAACCAACACACACACUUCUUAAUAAUGAAUUCUACAAUAAACGCCUCAGAUGCCGCCUCGUAUCUUCUAACGGGAUUCGGUCGUUUGUUCUAUGUUGUGUCGCCAGCAGCAACCUCGUUUUCAACCUUGCAAGAGGUGCCGGACUAUAUCGCAGAAUCCAUUCCAUUCUUUAUCAUAACGAUUGUGAUGGAAUUCAUGGCUUUAUUGUUCACCAACCAUGGAGAAAGCCUUGAAAAAAAAAGAAAAUGGGAUGCCAACCGUUUCUCAAUCAAUGAUGUUGUUGGAAGUAUUGGUGCAGGCAUGCUUCAGCAGAUAUCAAGAUUCUUCAUCUUCAACAUCCAACUUGCCUCGUAUUUGUUCAUAUAUAACAACUUUCGCAUAAUUGACCUCGACCCAAAGAAUGUGUAUGUGUGGAUUGCUGGAUUCUUGAUCGUAGAUCUCGGCUACUACAUGUUCCAUAGGGGGGCGCAUGAAAUCAACUUGUUCUGGGCAUCACAUGUGGUCCACCAUUCGUCAGAGUACUAUAAUCAGACAACUGCCUUGAGACAAAGUAUCGUCCAGUCAUAUUGCUCAUGGAUUUUUGACUUGCCUGCCGCAUUCUUCUUGCCUCCUUCAUUGUUCGCUGCUCACAAGCAGUUCAACACCUUGUUCCAAUAUUGGAUUCACACAGAAAUGAUUGGAUUUCUAGGCCCAUUAGAGUAUAUCAUCAAUACGCCUUCUGCUCAUCGGGUACACCAUGGUCGAAACCCUUACUGUAUUGAUAAGAACUAUGCCGGAACUCUCGUCAUCUGGGAUAUCAUGUUUGGUACCUUUGAACUUGAACGUGCCCCACCAUCCGUCAAAGCUGGCACGUCUGAUAUUGAACCGGUUGCCUUUGGUUUGACUCAUCCAAUCAACACAUUUGACCCCAUCACCAUUCAAACCCACCAUCUUCGACAUGUGCUGACGACAUGCUGGGCUACACCGGGAUUGACCAAUAAAUUCAAGGUUUUGUUUUAUGGUCCAGGAUGGCACGAAGGUACUCCGCGCACCGGCUUGCUGGAGGAAAUACCCGUCAUUGCCAAGGACGUGCCCCCGGAAAAAUACGACCCAUUCGUGCCCAAGGCGGUCAAUCUAUAUGUAGUCGCUCACUUUGCCUUGCUGAUCGUUGUCAAUUCCAUCGUCCUGAACGGAGGAAAGAAUGCAAUCGAAUUCAAAUAUGUCUCACUUGUAUCUGCAUACGUGCUCUGGUCUCUCACUUCCUUUGGGUGGAUUUUCGAUCACAAAGCCUGGGCUAUUCAGCGGGAGUGUAUUCGUGCCGUCACUAUGGGUGGAUUGUUAAUUUGGGCACAGAGCGUUGGACUGAUGGGUGCCGCCGCUACCUAUCUUGCAGCAUUCCAUGCCGUCAGUGCAGUAUGGCUGUUCUCUACACAGCGCAACUAUACCCAGGUCAAACAGAAAAAGGAAUAAUCAUGGACGCAGUGGACUUUGUUGUUGUCUUUGGAUUUUAUUUAUAAAUAAUGUCGUUAACCAAAUUGGUGCUUUCUAUGUGGGAGCAUGUAAAAUAGUCUAAUAUUUCAUCUUGGUGAAUGGGUAUUUGAGCUUGGCUCCAACCAAUGGCUCCCAUAGUUCACGAGUGGAUUGUAGGUCGACAUGGUUCAGUUGUGUAUGGAGUGUGUUCAGGCAAUUCGAAGCCAAGUGUGUUUUUCUGUGCAAUGCCAAAUGAAAGGCAUGGAGGCCAAGG